UCCCUCAAUCAGACAAUUGUUUUGCAAUAAACACUAAUUGUCAGUUCAAUAAUAUUAUGCAGCAGAUAUAUAUACAUAGCAAGCUGUGGGGUGAUGUUUUCCCCAAGGUAAUUCUGUGUUGUGGCUCUAAACAUUCCAAUCUAGGUACUGUUCAAUUUCAGGCAACUCUACUUUACAGUAGUUGUACGACGUAAACUAAAAUACUUCAGUCUUGCUUUCUUUCUAGAAUCACUACCACCAGGUCAAAGAGUUUGUGUUUGUCACCUACUCGACGUGAAUACAAUCAGCUGAAAUAACGUCAUCUCUAUAGAUGGGUGGGGCUGCAAAGUGACACACGGAGAUCAAGAGAGAGCGAAACAGAAAAUCCUCUUUCUCGGCUAAAAUGGCUAUCAAGAAAGUGUGGGUCGCGAUGUUUUGCUGCAAGACGUGGCUCUGCGUGUUAACAAUUUGGAUAAUUGCCUCAUCAGGAGCAGAAGGAUUGAAAUUUACUGACAGAUAUGAAGUUGAUGUUUCGGAGACACCAGCUAGUGAUGCUGACAUACCACCACCAAACCCACUGCCUCCUCCAACUACUGCGACUCUAAAGUGUAUUGAAGAUGAUGGUAGCCCGAUCAAUGAUGACAUCACAUACUCCAUCAUUGAAGGAGAUACACAGUUGUUCUCAUUUGACCCAGCCACACAACAGUUCUCAGUGUCAGAAGUUUAUAAAUUUGACUAUGAACAGCAGCCAUGGUUUAUUGUGACCAUCCAAUGCAACCUCACCUCUGACCCAAGUCGAUAUGGAAAUGGAAUUGUCAAUAUUAGUGUUGGCUCUGUCAAUGAAUACCGACCAACAUUGGAAGUACCUGCACCUAUAGUAGUCCCAGAAACCACUCAAAGAGGAACCGUGAUAGCAGCUCCUGAUGCGGCUAGAGGGGCACUAGGCACUUUCACUGUUAAUGACAGGGACAGUGGGCCUGACGGGGUUAUCAUUUAUUCCUUUGAAAUUGGAAACGAAGAUGACAGGCUUUUUGAAGUCAACCAAGUAACAGGGACAAUCACCCUUGAUGCUGAUCUUGAUGUUGAUGACCAUCCAGAGGGAAGAGAAAUUCUUUCAGUCUCAAUAGUAGCAUGUAAUAGUGGCCUUGAACUUGAUAGUUGUGAGGCACGAUCUCUCACAGUGUACAUCACUUCAACCAAUGACAUCCUUCCACAGUUCAACGAGACAGUCUACACUGCGAGUCUGAAUGAGUCAGCUCCCAAUGGAACACUAGUGCUCCAGGUCCUGUGUGUGGAUGGCGACACACGAGUAGGCGAAGUUCAGAGCAUCUCAUAUGGAAAUGGAGCGUCAAAUGAGACUCUGUCUACGUUUGAAGUGGAGUUUGACAAGCUGAGUACUUCAGCCAGUGUAUCACUGCUGAGUGAACUGGACUAUGAAACCACCACUAGCUACAGCUUCUCUCUGGACUGUUCUGAUGGAGAACACACUGCCACCACUCAAGUAACAGUUGAAGUCCUGCCAGUCAAUGACAACAGGCCUCAGUUUGAGGCGGAGAGCUAUGAUUUCUCAGUGAAUAGAGCAGCACCUGUUCCCUCAGACACUCUGGUUGGGACAGUGAGGGCCAAUGACACAGACUCUGCGGUUGGGGGCACCGUCACGUACUCCCUCAGUUCUGACAAGUUCUCUAUUGACUCUGAGACAGGGGAGAUCACGCUCAAAGACUACCUCAGUGCUGGAGAUGGAAAUACAUUUGACUUUGAUGUCAUAGCAAGUGACGGGGAAUACGAGGCGAGGGCCAGGGUACGUGUGAGAGCAGAAGGCCUGCUGUCAAUACUGGAAUGGGUGUAUGUGGGGAUCGGAGGGUUUGUGCUGCUGGUCAUUUCUGUCGUUAUUGGCAUCAUUGUCUUCCACCACUUCAUCAAGGCAGCCAGUAUCAAGACCAUUGUGAAAGAGAAAUACAUAGAGGCGGAGGUUGAGACAGACAGUGAGAAAGAAGAAACAGACUACCCCCACCACCCAGCUAUUAUCAUAGCAGCACCUCCCAUGUUUCCUCAUCCUCAUGGUGGAGGGAUGUCAAUGGUGGGCCAGCCACUCUACCCUCCACUAGAUGGAGGUGAGAGUGACUUCAGCGAAAGAAGUGGGACUCUCGGGACACUGGAAGGAUCCCAAUACCACGGACCAGGCCCACUCCUCCAGGAAGUGGUGGAUUACUUCCAUGAGGGAGACAAAAUGCUAGAAAAGAAAGGCAGCAAGAAAUAGCACUCUACACUGACAGCAUCCAGAUAGAUACACUGUGCAUGGAAUACGUAAACACUCUCUUUGCCGACUUGUUUUGCCAAAGUCUCACAUUAUGGCUAUGUUUUAUGGAUGAGGUUGUGUAUUGCGAAAUACGUAACGGAGGGUGAAUAUGGGUGGGGCUGGCUGGCUGCAAGGCUAGGCAAUUCUGCAACAGCGAAAAGAUGACGAUGUUAGCUCAGCUCGUUCUCCUGGCUUUGGCCUUCAGUGUGUCCUCUGGUACUCCGACUGGCCUGCAUUUCAUCAUCGACGACAUCCUUGAGACCACUGUCGAAACAGAGGUUGGGAGGAUAGAAUGUCUGAAUAAGCUGGACUACGAGACAGGUCCCGACGAGUACGAGUUGCAGGUGACGUGUGCCGAUUCCUCUGGCUCCGUCUCCGCCACCACCACUGUAACUAUUCUCCCAGACAACGAGUAUCUCCCUAUGUACUCUCCGGACACUCUAGAAAUCGACAUUAGCGAGGUGACUGCGGCUGGAACAAUACUAGCAUCCCAGAGUCCCGGCGCCGUGGAACACUUCACAGUUUCUGACCAGGACAGAGGAGACGAUGGAGUGCUGAAGUUCAGUUUCUCUCAACUGACAGAUGAUUCUAUGGCGAUCACUCAUUUUGGGAUCAAUGCUACAGAUGGCACUAUUACUUUGACUAGAAUGAUUGAUGUGGACAUUGACUACAGGAGAUCAGUGACAUUGGAAGUAGUGGUGUGUGAUGGAAACAGAGACGAGAAUUUAUGUCCCAUUUGGAUUGUGGACAUUGUUAUUGCUUCUGUCAAUGAGUUUACUCCUCGGUUCUCCCAGACAACAUACACCACUGCCAACCAAGAGUACAUUGAAGACACUGGUGAGGGGGAACUGAACAGUAUUGAGUUGGUGGAAAGUCUGGCUCCAUUGCAGCUGGUAAAAGUAUCUGAUGGGCAAGCCGAGGUGUUACUGAAUGGCUCCUUGGACUCAGAAGUGAUCAGGGCACAAGAGCUGCAGGUGCAGCUAAACUGCUCUGAUACUGGGAGUCCACCAAGAACUGCAAUAGCUACACUGAUACUACAUGUGAAAGACCUUGACGACAACCUACCAGAGUUCACUGAGCCUCUGUACGAAUCUAAUGUUGAAGAGACACUCGGGGCCGGGAGUGAAGUAGUGGCAGUAGUGUGCACUGACAAGGACUAUGGAGCAGGUGAUCUGGCUGACAUCCGACUACUGAAUGCCAGCAGUGAAGUGGCACAGACAUUUGAGGUAGACCCUGAGACUGGCAGUAUCACUCUGAACAAGAGCCUGGAUUUUGAUACUGGGACCCAGAGCUACCAGUUCACUGUGGUGUGUAGGGACUCAGCAGACAAUGAGGUGACGGCCAGAGUAAAUCUCAACGUGCUCCCAGUCAAUGAUGAACAAGUCUGGUUCACAAGGUCGCAGUAUGAGUUCAGUGUGGAUCGGCUAAAGCUACGAGGAGAGGUGGUGGGUAAGGUAGAGACAACAGAUGGGGAUCUGGACGCUCAGCAAGUCAUCUCCUACUCCAUUGAAGACAACCCAAACUUCAGUGUAGACGACAAUGGUCAUGUAGUGUUGGAGGACUUCAUUCUGUUUUUGGAGGGAGACCACUUCAGACUGAGUGUGACAGCUAGUGAUGGAGCCAAUGAGGAGGCAAGUAGUGUGGUGUUGGUGACAGUGGAUGGUCCUCUCUCUGUGCUGGACAUUGUCCUCAUCAUUGCUGGAGCUCUGCUGCUGCUAGCUAUAGUGCUCCCCAUUGGCCUCGUUUACUGUGUUAUGAAGAGCAAUAGAGCAGGUGUGGAGACAAGUGUCAAAAAUCCCGAAGACGAAGAGGUAAGAGAGGUGGGGCUGGCCGUGCUGCUGCAGCUAGUUCAGCAGCAGAACAUGAGAGCCACAAUAUCUCUCUUGUUGGUAGUGGCCCUGAGCACGUUGCAGGGCCCAGCCUUUGGCGAGGAAUACCGCACGGGACACGGAAGAGUGAGUGUCACUAUCCUAGAAGACACGGUCAACCCUGAUCUCCUGCAAAGGCAACUGGAGUGCCUAAGAGGUGGCUUUUUUCCAGAUUUCUACCUCGCAAAUGAAGAGCCUAUUCCGUUCGAAGUUCGUGGCUCAGAUUUCUUCGUAGACCUGUUCAUGACGAGGACCCCAGACGCGGAACUUGGUGACGAGUGGUACAGAGUUCUCAUAGUCUGUGACGACGGAGACCCUGCCCAGCCGCCUGCCACGGCCACUGUCACUGUAACCAUCUCCUCACUCAACGAAUACUCCCCCUACUCCCCCCAGAACACCUACUCCAUCUCCUUCUCGGAAGAGACCGGUGCAGGUCAAGUCACGGGGUCGGUAGGAGAUGGCUCGAACCAAUACCUGAUCACAGACGAGGAUGGUGGGGCGGACGGAAGACUCACAUUCACUGCUUUAGACGAUCCUCCAAGUCCGUAUUUCUCCCUGGAUCCCGCCACUGGUGACAUACUUCUGAUGAGGGCCUUGGAUUAUGAUGAAGAAGAAAUGGAACAGGAGAGCAGUGUGCAGAUCCGUGGCUGCGACCGUGCCACUCCUGUCAUCCUGUGUCCUAAUGUCACUGUCAACCUCAGUCUCACUGCAGCCAAUGACAACAGUCCUCAGUUUCUGAGGCGAGAGUACCGCAGCUCAGUAGAUGAAGGACUGCACAGAGCCACGAAGAUCACUAUAAACGUUACCUGCACCGACCGAGAUGUUGGGGUGGGCACGUAUGACGGGAUGGAAGUUGUGUCCAGCACACUCGGUCUUGUCGAACUCACAGACACCAGUUCAGGGACUGCACAGCUGCUCCUGACCGGUGCACUGGAUUACGACUUCACCAACAAUACGGAGCUGGAUAUCCAGCUUCGCUGCUAUGACAGUGAUAGAGGUGCGACCCAGAGGACAGAUAAUGCCACAGUAAAGAUUGAGGUGCUACCAAUCAACGACCACUCACCUCAGUUCACUGCUCAGUGGUACAAUACCUCAGUUCUGGAGUCUCUGCCUGUUGGGAGCCUUCUCCUGACUGCAGCCUGCACUGACCAGGACAGAGACACUGGGAAGUUCCAGGCCAUCUCCCUCCACCAGCCGAGCGACGAGGUGGAGCAGACAUUCUCCAUCCAUCCAGCCACUGGUCAGAUUUCUCUGACAGCCACUCUUGACUAUGACAACCCAGCCACACGAAAGUACGUCUUUUCCAUCGAGUGUUCAGACGAAGGAGGGAUUGAGGUAAUAUCGAGGGUUGCCAUAUCUACACUUCCCGUGAGCGAUGAGCAUUUGACCUUCCAGAAUCCCGUAUUUGCCUUUACUGUAGACAGAUUCACCAACAUUGAUAGCAGAGUUGGUCAAGUGGUGGCGAUAGAUGGGGAUCAGGGGCAAGUCCCUGUAAUUAUCUACACAUUGGAGUCGAAUGACUUGUUUGAUGUUGACGGUGAGGGUUACAUAGUGCUCACAGACUACCCAAAUAGAGAUCAGCAGUCAUUCUUCAACCUUACUGUGGAGGCCAGGGACAGUGAGGGAGUGGUUGCAGCACAGGUGCACAUCACUAUCAGUGGUCUUUUGAGCAUUGUGGAGGCCAUCAAUGUCGGAACUGGUGUAGCUGGCGUGACUGUGGUGCUCAUCAUUGGAAUAAUGGUGUCUUUCUGCACUUACUUCUGUGUGAAGCUCUACAGAGGAAGGUAGGCAUUGUGUGGCAUUUGGUCUGCACCUUUUGUCUUGUGUUGUAGAUUUGAAACCCUACCUGCUAACUGCCCUGGUAGAGCACUCACCUAGAGGGCAGAGUGUCGUGGGUUUGAAUUCCACCUGCGGCAGUUCUUUCCUUGGAAAAAGAGUUGUCGUGUUGUUAAUGUGUUGUUUGAAUUGCCUUCGCCAUGAGACCUCAUUGUUUACACGUGCUUUGUCUCUAGCUCCGAGGCCACAACGGAGGUUCCAGUGAGGUACAUGUCAGGAGACAGGAUCCCCCAUCGCCGGCCACCCAGUGCCAUGUCUCGCAGCAGUGGAAGCUCCAAGGAGCACACAAGCACUCUCAGAGGACGGAGCACGCUCAGUAUGCAGAGGGGGAAAAAGCAGAAGGCAUCGAGCUUCAAAAGGAAGCCCCGAAAGCAUCAUGGGCUCCGCGAAAGCUUCACCAACAGCCUUCACAACCAAGCUGCUCCACCUGAUGACGAUCUGAUACUGAACCCUGCAGAUUUCGAAAUGAACAUUUUCAGAAAUGAGGGUGCUGUACAAGCCGAAAAGGAGGGCGAGUUUAUGAACACUGACCUGGAUGAAGAGGAGGAGGGAGAAGCAAGCACGCACAAUAUCUUCAACCCAGAGGAUGCUGGACUGUUGCUGGGUGAUAUAAUGAUGUUCACUGGAGACGAGCAGAGAGUUAGCUACCUAAUCCUGGUCUCUCAUGUGACACUUGUCUCUCUGCAGUGGGGCCAGGAGGAAGAUGAUGGACUGGGGUCCUGGGGGAUUGUGCACCAGCACCAGGAGUCUUUCCAGGACCAGGGCUCAGAGUCAGGGAGUGAGGGGGUCCAGAGUGGACAGUGGGACCCCACUGGAGGCUCAAUGGAGUGGGAGGAAGACGAUGACCCUUUCACUUCCAUCUGAACUCUUCUGUGUAUUAUAUAUAUAUGUGUGUGUGUGUGUGUGUAGUGUGUAUUUGCUCCGUUCAGAUUUGUUUCUGUUUUGCAUUUUGUUCACUUUGUACGUACAUAUGUUGGUGUAUAUAGCAUAAACUCAUGGAGAGAAACGCAAUAAAAGGUUA